AUGGCAGACAAGUAUAAACAAACAAAUACCAACGGAUUACCGGCGUGGAAUCUCAACGUUGCUGUUGUCGGGGGAGGAUUGGUCGGUUCUCUGUUUGCACUUCACCUGGGUAAAAAGGGUCACGAGGUUGAUUUGUACGAGUACAGAGAAGACAUUCGUACAGCCGAGCUGGUCAUCGGUCGGAGUAUCAACCUGGCACUGUCUGCCCGUGGCCGCAAAGCGCUAGCAGAAGUAGGCCUCGAGGAUGCACUGCUCCAGCAUGGAAUCCCGAUGAAAGGCCGCAUGUUACACGAUCUGAAAGGAAACCGUAAGUUUGUUCCGUACGACGCCAAUACCAACCAGUGCAUAUACUCGGUUGGCCGCAAACAUCUGAACGAGGUACUUCUCGACGCUGCGGAAAAAUAUCCCAAUAUCCACCUGCACUUCAAUAAGAAACUGGUUCGAGCCGAUUUGGAUGAAGGAAAUCUUAAUUUUAUUAACCCACUGACGGAGGAAACCCACGAAGCGAAAGCCGACUUGGUAGUGGGAUGCGACGGAGCAUUCAGUGCUGUACGCAAGGAAAUCAUCAAACGGUCAGGAUAUGAUUUCAGUCAAACUUAUAUCGAACAUGGCUAUCUGGAGCUAUGUAUUCCGCCCACGAAAGAGGGCGAAUUUGCCAUGCCUCACAAUUACCUGCACAUUUGGCCGCGGGGAAAAUUCAUGAUGAUUGCUUUACCCAACCAAGACCGCACGUGGACGGUAACACUGUUUAUGCCGUUUGCCAAUUUCAGAAGUAUAAAAUGCGAUCAGGAUCUGAUGCGUUUCUUCCGUGAAAACUUCCCCGAUGCAAUCGAUCUAAUUGGACAGUCGCGAUUGAUCAAGGAUUUCUUCAAGACAACUCCGCAAUCGCUCGUGAUGAUCAAAUGUAAACCAUACAACGUAGGUGGAAAGGCUUUGAUCAUAGGCGAUGCAGCCCAUGCGAUGGUUCCCUUCUAUGGUCAGGGCAUGAAUGCAGGAUUUGAGGAUUGUUCGGUGCUAACAGAGUUGUUUAAUCGCUAUGACAGUGAUGUAAACCGUAUUUUAGUGGAGUUUAGUGAAACGCGUUGGGAGGAUGCGCACGCUAUUUGCGAUUUAGCAAUGUAUAACUAUGUUGAGAUGCGAGAUCUUGUGACGAAACGAUCAUACUUAUUCCGGAAAAAGUUGGAUGAACUGUUGUUCUGGUUGAUGCCAAAUACCUGGGUUCCAUUGUAUAACUCAGUUUCGUUUUCCCACAUGCGUUACAGUAGUUGUAUAGCUAAUCGCAAGUGGCAGGAUAAGAUUUUGACACGUGUUCUGUAUUGCUCGUCGUUUAUCGCAACUGUUUUCGUUGGUGUGUGCAGCUACAAAUAUGGUAUUUCGCAGCAAUUCGAAUCAUUCACAGGAUUGUUUAGCAAAUUACUUAACCUCAAGUAA